CGGCCCGCUGGCGCGGCGCCGCUCGGCGGGCAGCUCCGCCGCGGGCUCGGCGGGCAGCCUCCGGCGCCGGGCGGCGCCGCGCCCGUCGGCCAGCGCCAGCGGCAGGCGAAGGACCGCCUCCAGGCCGGACACUACUCCGAGGAGGCGUUGCGCGAGCUCGAGGGCGCUUGGCAGGCGCCAGUGGACGUGCUGCCGCGGCUGCAGGGCACGUGGGCGGUGCGGCGGCUGGCCCAGGAGGCCGAGCCGAGCGACCCGUCGCGCGCCGUCGUCGGCCUCUACAGCAGCGAGCUGGGCAAGCUGCUCGGCAUGGACCUGGCGGCGCAGCCGGAGGCGGGCGCGCGGUUCGCGUCGUGCAUGCCGCGCAUGUUUCCAGGCCGCUCAAAGAGGGUCGGAGUAGGUAGGGUCGGAGGGUCGCGCCGCAUCGCCGC